UGAAAGAGAGAUCUACAAAAAUAUAAUAUAGCAGCAGCCAUGGAUGAAGAAGCAACAAUGUCUAGUAGAGGCCUCAAAAUCAAAGUCACCACUUCUUCUUCAACUUCAAGUUCCAUAAACGACGACAACAAAAAUCCAGACAUGAAGAACUCAACAGAUCAAGAAGAAGUACCAUCUCCGUACAACUCACCGUCCUUAAUCUCCCCACCUUCCUCCGCCUUCGUCUCCGCCCUCCAAUCUCCCUACAUCUCUCCCAGGGCCCACCUUUCACCUCCGCCGGACAACCCCCGCCCUUCAUCACCACCGCUCGUCUCAUCAGACGACAUCCCCAGCUCCUCCUACACUCCGCCGUCCGAUCCCUACGAGUUCGCCGCCGCGGCCACCGAUGCCUGGGGGGGCCCCCCCAGAAUCUCCUUCUCUUCCCCUCCGGUCCCACCCAGAAUCUCCUUCGCCAAAUGCUCCACUCCUUCCGCCGCCACCAACAACGUCAAGCUCAGGAGCUGCGACGUCUAUGUCGGAUUUCAUGGGCAGAAUGGUAAUUUGGUCAGGUUCUGUAAGUGGCUGAAGUCGGAGCUUGAGCUUCAGGGAAUUGCUUGCUUUGUUGCUGAUAGGGCCAAGUAUGGAGAUUCUCAGAGCCAUGAGAUUGCUGAUAGGGUAAUCUGCUCGGUUACUUACGGUGUUGUGGUGGUAACCCGGAGUAGUUUCUUCAAUCAUUCGAGUGUUGAAGAGAUGAGAUUCUUUUCUCAGAAGAAGAAUUUGAUUCCGAUAUUCUUCGAAAACGUGGGGCCCGGGGAGAUUGUGUUGGAUAAGGAAGGGAGAGAGGCCAUGGAUGGGGUUUCGAGAUGCCAGGAGGCUAAGCUGGAGGCGAGUGGGGGGAACUGGAGGGGUUGCAUUGCGAGGGCGGCGGCGAUUCUGCGGUCGAAGCUGAGCGUGGCGGAGUCGGAGGUGGAAUUGGGGUCUUGUUUGGAGGAGUUGCCGUUUCCGAGGAAUUGGUUUUUUGUUGGGAGGGAGAAGGAGUUGGCCGAGAUGGAGGCCGCAUUUUUCGGAGGAGAAUGUUGUUGUUCUUUGCAGGGUGGUAAAGGCGGCGGUGGCGGCAGCGGCCAAUCGGAAGGCCUGGCGGACGAGGAGUCCGAUGUGGGCCCCACCAAAUUAGGAGGGGGUAGUAAGUUUAUUAGUUUGGAAUUGGGGAAGUGCAAGGAGAAUGGUAAUGGCAUUGGUGGUGGUAAGAGGUCUUCUAAGUACAAGAAGUGUAAAAGUGGGAAUUACAAGAACUUGGGAAAUAUUACUAGUAGCAGUAAUAGUAAUACUAGUGUGAUUUGCAUAAAUGGGAUUCCUGGCAUUGGAAAGACAGAGCUUGCCUUGGAAUUUGCUUAUAGGUAUUCUCAACGAUACAAGAUGGUUUUGUGGAUUGGUGGUGAAGCAAGGUAUUUGAGGCAAGACAUACUCAAUCUGUCCAUGAAUCUGGGAUUGGAUGUUAGUGCCGAUCCCGAGAAGGAUCGGGGCAGGAUUCGGAGCUUUGAGGAGCAAGAACUCGAGGCGUUUAAGCGGGUCAAGAGGGAGCUGUUCCGGGACAUGCCUUAUUUGUUGAUCGUUGAUAAUCUUGAGAGUGAGAGGGAGUGGUGGGAGGGGAAAGACUUGCAUGAUUUGAUUCCAAGGAACACUGGAGGGACUCAUGUCAUUAUCACUACUAGAUUGUCUAAAGUCAUGAACUUUGAGGCAAUGCAGCUUCCGCCGUUGCCCGCCGCGGACGCUAUGGUUUUGAUUAGAGGGAGGAGGAGGAAGGAUUACCCGGCUGAGGAAACGGAGUUUCUCAAGAAAUUUGAUGAGAAAUUGGGGAGAUUGAGCUUUGGCUUGUGGCUUGUUGGGUCCUUACUUUCCGAGCUUGGGAUCACCCCUUCCGCUUUGUUUGAAUCCAUCAACCGGGUCCAAAUCGACGAGGUUUCUCCGUGCUCAUUUAUCACCAUCGAUGAAGAACAAUACUGCGAGAAAAAUCCUUUCCUUAUGAAAGUCUUGUCCUUUUGCUUCGCGGUGUUGCAACAAGAAACUAGUAGCGGAAGAAGAGCAAACAGGCUAGCCGCAAGAAUGCUGCUCGUUGGUGCUUGGUUUGCCCCAUCGCCAAUCACCGCGACAUUGCUGGGCGCAGCAGCUGAUAAUAUGUCUGCUGCAGCCGGAAGCCAGUUUAGGAAGUGGACCAGACUAUGCCUGAGCGCGGCGUCUUUUAUUACUUGCUGCUCAGGUUGUUUAGCAGCACAAAAAUGGAAGAGCGAAGAAGAUUCCACGCUUCUUUUAAUUAAAUUAGGACUAGCGCGCCGAGCCAACAACAAGCAGGCUGCCGCCACAGGGUGUUGGAUCCAAUUCCAUCCCAUAACUCAGGUUUUCGCAAAAAGAGGCCAAAGCUUGCAAGCUGCAAAGGGCACAGUUGAAGGCAUUAGGAAAAUUGGCAACCCUGUGGUGAACUCGGACCAUCUGUGGGCCUCUGCAUUCCUCGUGUUCGGGUUCAAAUCGGAGCCCCCGCUAGUCCAACUAAAGGCGAUUGACAUGGUCUUGUACAUUAGAAGGACGGCUCUUCCGCUGGCAAUAAGGGCUUUCGCGACAUUUUCUAGGUGCAACUCGGCGUUAGAACUUCUGAAAGUGUGCACUAAUGUGCUGGAGGAAGUAGAGAAGUCUUUCGUGUCGCAAAUACAAGAUUGGUGCCAUGGAUCGUUGUGUUGGAAGAAGAAUCGGGUGAAGGGGGGCGGGGGUCAGAGGGUGGAUGAGUACGUGUGGCAAGACGUGACGCUAUUGAAGGCGACGCUGCUGGAGACGAGGGCGAAAUUGUUGCUCAGAGGCGGGCACUUCGACAGCGGGGAAGAGCUUUGCAGAACUUGUAUUAGUAUUAGGACUGUGAUGCUGGGGCAUAACCAUGCUCAAACCUUGGCAGCUCAAGAAACUCUGGCCAAGCUUGUCAGGAUGAGAAGCAAGAUAUAGACUAGUUUUCUACUUCUGUCGUUACUUAGUUUCCCAUUUGGAAACAAAUCAAAUUAUAUUGUUUAACAUUCUGUAGAAGUGGAAACUCAGUUUUUGUUA